GUCAUAGUUUGGGAGGGGCAACUUAAUCGAAUUCACUUCCUUAAAAAGAAGCAGGCUAUCAUUUCUUAUUUCUUUUGAUUCUCAAAAUCUUCUGAUCUUCUUCAAUCUACCGACCCUUCAAGACUUCAAGACUUACGAUACAAAAUCAAUCACAAUGCCUGCUGGACCGGACGAGACAGACAACCACGCCCCUGGCGCUGCCACUGAACAUGUUAUGAAGAAUUCCAGUUCCAAGACAGACUCGACCGCAAGCACUCAUCCUCUCCAUGACCAAGGCGAACCCAAGGGUGACAAGGUCGAAUUCCGUUACCACCAAGCUCAUCCAGGACCCGCCGUUCCCGACAACUUCAGUGCUCAGCAAGAGGGUACUAAGGAAGAACGUGAAGCUAGGGCUAAGGAGAUGAACAAACAAUCUAAAAUCUGAGAACCGUGGAGAACGAAAGCCUCUGGGGUGGGCGUUAGGAAGCCAGGGAAUGGGGGGAAGAUCUGGAGGCCAGUAGCUAGGCAAGAAUAAUAAAGCACCAGCUCAGACUGGCUAAUAAGCACAUAUAAAGUGUUCCCAUGUUGGAUUCCAGGCGUUGAAACACCGAUUCUCUCGCUGUUUGUUGCUUCCGUGCUAUUUUGAGUUCGGGAGUAAGAGCGACCAUUAGAGUGUCAGUUCAGUGGCGUUGAGCAAAGGUAAUGUUCGGUGACACAGAGUUGCACAGCGUCGAGUGCCUUCUGGGUGUAGUUAUUAAACGCGCGUUGGGAUUCGCAUCGAGUCGCCUUCUGCUUCUCUUGACUUCUUGUGGC